AGGAUAGGAACUGAUCUGUACUUGUCGAAAGGGGAUAGUGCAGAAGUUACCUGGUCAUCUUAUGGCUUGCGGGAGAAGCUUUGUAAUUAGCAAAUGAUUUAUUAAAUAUUAAGUAUUACAAAUUUAAAAAUAGAUUUGUUUGAAUUCUUUUCAAAAACUUCUAUAUAGAAUUUUUUUCUCAAAAAUCACGCCGCUAGUUGAGAUUAAAUCUCAGUAAAAUGUUCAUAGAUAUUUUUUUUCUAUGGACCAUCUAUCUAGGAAUCUUUUCAUUUUCUGGAUUUUAUCAAUUCAUCUGAUUUGCCCUACCUUUGCGCUCCGGCUUGCUCUUCAAGAAAUUUGAUAGGAUUAAUCAAUACAAAGUCUGAAAGCCAUUAUGGUGGCAGUAAUUAAGCUAUCUCUGGGAACUGCACAUGUAUAUAUAUUAUCUUUUGGUAAAUUAAAUCUCGCUGACAAAACCGAUGACCUCUGCUAUUUGGACCGAAGCAAAGAAAACCUGUGAUUCCUCCCAAGCUUAAUUAAACAAAACCGAUGAGCUCCUGCUCUUUGGACCGAAGCAACUGAGAAGCAGAUAGUCAAACUGAUUGAAAAAAGAAAAGGAAAAAUCACAGAUAAGGGAGGUCGUCCUUCUUGGAGAAGAAGUAGCUAACACACCAUUUGAAAAUUACAAAUUUGAGCCAAAAAGCAAACUUGACAUGGCCCUAUAAAUAAAUGUAUGGUUUAGCCAAGAAUACAGGAAUAAUAGCCAAAAACACUCUAAAGCAAACAUGGCCGAUCCGGUUAAGCUCAUCGGCGCUUUUGGCAGCCCAUUCGUGCACCGCGUCGAGGCGGCCCUGCAGCUCAAGGGAGUUGCCUACGAGCUCAUCCACGAGGACUUGGAGAACAAGAGCAACCUGCUGCUCGCUAGCAACCCUGUCCACAAGAAGGUCCCCGUCCUCCUCGAUGGCGGCCGAGCUAUCUGCGAAUCACUUGUCAUCGUCGAGUACGUCGACGACGCAUUCGACGGCCCGCCCAUCCUACCUGCCGACCCCUAUGACCGCGCCACGGCUCGUUUCUGGGCUCAAUUCAUCGAUCACAAGUGCACGUUGCCGUUGUUGCUGGCCCUGUGGCUGGACGGUGAGGAGCAGAAGGGGUUUCUGAAGGAGACGAAGGAGAACCUGUCGCUACUGGAGGCACAGCUCGAGGGGAAGAGGUUCUUUGCCGGCGACGCCGUGGGCUACCUCGACGUCGCCGCCGGCGGAAUGGCUCACUGGAUCGGUGUGCUCGAGGAGGUCACCGGAGUGAGCGUGAUCGGCAGUGAGGACGACGACGAGUAUCCUUCGCUGCAGCGGUGGAUCAAGGAGUACGCCAACAUCGACGCCGUGAAGCUGAGUCUGCCGGAUAGAGAAGAACUCGUUGCCUUCUACACGAGAAACAAGGAUAAGUAUAAGAUGAUGUUCAGGGCGAUGGUGCAUCAGUGAUUCAGUGCAAGAAUAGAUCGAUCAAUUAAUCUCCCUGUAAUCCUGUGUGCCACCUGGGAAUAAAUUUGUACUCGUGCCAUUAAUUAGUGUAUUGAUAUUUCAUACGUAUCAUUCAAUAAGUUCUAGGCAAA